AUGGAUGGUCAGGAGCUCGAGAGUAAUUGCGGGUAUAAGAUGAUGGAUAGGAUGAGGAUUUGUAAUGAUGAUUAUGAUCAUGAUUAUGAGAGGGGUGUAAGGAAGAAGAGGAGGAGGGGGAAAUUGUUUGAGGAGAUGGAAGUGGAGGGGAUUGUGGAGGAGGAGGGGAGGAAGGAAUAG